ACAAGGCUCAUAACAGAGUAUCCAGUCUCACAAUAAAACGGACUCUUUAAAAAAUAAACAACAACCGAAUAAAAGCAGCCAGUGCACAUAAAUUAAAAUGGAGAAAACGCUAGCUUGUGACUCGUCUCUCGCUCUGGACAUUGAAAACAGGGGUCUCAUAGUGGUGAGAGAAACGUCGAAGAAAUCGGACCGGUGUUGGAAACGGAUUAGCUUGCUUUCUUUUCUGCUCCUGACUGCAGCCACAUUUGUUUUAGCGAUGAUGUACUUUGGCGUUAUACCUUCAAAAAUUGAACAGACAAACACAGUUGCUUCUACAACACCAGAAAGCUUCACAGAGACGGUGAAUGAAAACAUGCCUGCCCAACUGAAACAGGUAUCAGACAAAAAAGAAGCAGGAAAACCAGCAGCACAUUUGAUUGCAGCUGAUUUAUCCAAGGACCGCACUAAGCUGUCCUGGCUCAGCAACGCCAACCAAGCUUUCCUUGAGAAAGGCAUGCGAUUAGAGAAUGAGCAGGAGCUGGUGAUCCCUGCAGAAGGGCUGUACUUCAUUUACGCUCAGGUAGUGUUCAAGGGGAAGGGCUCUUCGGAGGGCAAGGGCGCCUCAGACCUGUCGAACGGCUGCAGCGGCCAUGGCUCCUCCACCAAUAUUCUCUCGCUGUCGGUGGAGAGGUGGUCAGACUCCUAUCCCAAGUACGAGCCAAUCCUGAGCACCUCACGCUCCCUCUGCCUGCAGAAGAACCAGGGGGGUGUGUGGACCGUGCCCCUGUACCAGGGAGCCUUGUUCAAGCUAAAUCAGGGAGACAAGCUGAAAGUGAAAGCCAGCCCCCUCACUUUGAUUAAUGACAGCAAGACCUUUUUUGGGGCUUUUGCGAUUUAGAUCAGAUCUCUUGUCAUAUAUGCUGAGAGAGUGUGAUCAUGGUUUGAAUCCCGCUGGCACUGUGUUUGACUGGGGCGCAGCAUUGGCACUUGAGUUCAGUGCGGUUCAAUCCCCCUUUUCUUGGCUUUAUUUAUUUUAAAAGCAUCUUGAUUAAUGGAUGCACACACAAUGAAUUCCCUUUAACUCAUUUUAACUCAGAAUGCUGUAACUGCAGCCUGUUUUUGUAUGAGCUGAACUCACCGUACUGAUCAAUGACUCUCAUUGCAAUGUUUACACUACUAAAAAGAAAGAGAGCUAUAUUUAUAGAAAAAAAAGCAAAUGUAUUUUUUUUUAAAGAAUUGAUUGUGAAUGUUAUUAUUAUUAUUGUUAUUAUUAUUAUUAUUAUUAUUAUUAUUAUUAUUAUUAUUAUUAUUAUUAUUAUUUUGAUGUUACUAUUUUUGGUUACUCCACAGUAUAAAUUAAUACAGUUAUACUUUUUUAAAAAAAGAAAUAACAUAUAUUAUUUACACUUUGGAGUGAAAAAAAGUAAAAUAUAUUAUUUAUUUUUAACUCAAAUCUACACAUUUCUUUUAACUAACACGAUUUGCUAGUGUUUAUCUGGAGUCGUUGAUCUGGAGUUGUUUCUCUCAAUACAUUCAAAUAUUGAACUUUUGUAGUCUCGCUACUGCCCCCUAUCUACCAAAGCUGUUUACUUCAGGCAAAGAUUCGGAAACAGUUUCACCUCUAGCAGCACAUUGAUUAUAGUAUCAAUCUUAUGGUCGAUUGCUCUGCCUUAAAUCAGUUCUCAGUCCCCAUGGGGAGAAACUUGUAUAUUAAAGGGAAAAAAAAACGAAUUAAAAAAACUAAUUUCAACAUUCCUUAAAUGGAACUUUCAAGUUUCACAUUAAGAUUGGAAAAAAAAAAAAAAAAAACUGUAGUAAACAGCUUUGAGGGGGCAUAGUCUCAUAUUGAGACAAUGUCAAAAAUAUUUUAUAUUAAAAUAUUGUAAGAAAACCAAUACUUGUCUGAUUUUCGGCCUAUUUAAUGUUAUUGUAUUUUAUUUAUUUAUUUAUUAAUUAUUUAUUUAUUUAUGUAUUUAUUUAUUU